UUGUUAUUCUGCAAUGUGUGUACGCCUACUGGCGUCGCUCGCUUUAUGCAUCCUCGCCGUGCUGUGCAUGGGUCCAUCCAUCCAUUUUGAGUGAGUGCGAGGGACACACACGUAUACAAACGGAUUGAUUGCCUCAUCCAUGCGAUGGGAGAAAUGGCCAUGCGAGUGGCGACUGCGACGUGGAAGCUCCGUCCUUGGCAAAGGAAAGAGAUUCGACGUCGUAGUCACCAUCGCUAGGUCGGUCAUUUCUCCCAUCUGGCAACCGAGGCUGGUUUACCUGUCAAUCCCUCAUGCACAGGUCGUCAAGUGAUUGCCUGCCUCCCUGCCUCACGUAAUGUGCGGCUGCCAUCGCCGCAAUAUCAGCCCUCGGCAGCCCAGCCAAUUGGCCGCCGCACUCACCCCUUCCCCAUCCUGCAUGCCCCCCACUGCUGCACCACCGCCAUCUGCCGUCUCUGUUUUCGUUUCGAUGCCCAGCAGUCCCAGAAGGAACGUCAGGUCGGGUGAGGGCGGGUGUGGCAGGGCGGCGGGGGGGAUGGGGAUGGGGGGCACUUCACGGACGACGACAACAUCCUGGGGUAGAUCAACAGACAGACAGACAGACAACAGAAGGGUGGGUGGCUGGAUCCACCCAUUGUGAGUCUCUCUGGCUGCUGAGCUGACCUUGGCCACGCUGACGGCUAGACGGGACCCACACACCACCUCCCUUCAGAAAGAAAGAAGGACACACCGACACAGGUGGAUGGAUGGACGAAAAAUCGAUCCACGGACACACACGUACGAUAUGCAUCCUGACCUCCAUGUGGUGGGCUGGGGCUGCGGUUGGGCGUCUCCCUCCCUCUGCUGCUCCUCAGCGCUCCCCACUGCCAUGGUGUCACCACCUCCAUCGUUCAGCCUCCGCCGCUUGCUGGACCUCUCGGCCGCCACAUCAUCAUCGCUCAUGUCAGGGGCCGGCCCGCCUUUACCUUCAUCAUCUGGCUGAUGCGGGUGGAGCUGCACCGCAUAUCUACACGAACACACAAAGAGAGAGAGAGCGAGACCCAUAUAGAGGAGAGAUGCCACUCCUGCUUUGUGUUGGUGUGAUGGAUGUGUGUGCGUUAGUUCACUGGCUGUCUCACUGACUGUGCGUGGACUUUUUCGGGUGUGGAUGCGUAGAGGAGGUAGUUGGCGCCGAACUUCAUGCCGCUCUUCACCACCCAGCCCUUCAGACGCAAAUACACAUAACUGCACACAGCACCACACACACAUAUACACACACAUUCGAACACAGCCACACCGAUUGGAUGCACACAGGUACAUGCAUACCUCCUGAAUGAGAAGGCAAAGCGCAACUGCGACCGGCAAAAGGCCUCGUAGGCCUCACGGCAAGACAUAAAUGACGCAUCAAGGUUCCCUGCACACACACACACACCCCGAUAGAUAGACAUAUGUCAGUCACAUAAGUCCCAACCAAGCAACAAAAGCAGAAAGCGCCCGCCCCACUGACCUCUCAGCCGGACGUCGAAGGGGAAGCUGCCCAUCUCGCCCAGCAGCACCAGGUAGAGUGCCUCCUCGGGGGCCAGGCAGAAGGCCUGCAGGUCGGCGUUGUGCUUGCCGUACCCAUUGGCCUUCAGGUAGGCCUCGAACCGCCGAGGGGGCUUGAGGAACAGCACACAGGGGUGGGCGAAGAUGCCCACCACCCUCUCUCUCCUUGACACCAGCUCAGCAUCGAUUCGAUUACCACCAGCGGCAGCAGCAGCAGCAGCAGCAGAUCUUGAGACGUAUGACGGGAUCCCACUUGGGGUGCUUUCACUGAACUGAUAGAGGUAGGCUGAGCGAAAACAGCCAAAAGGGCAGGCAGACAGGGAGUGCGUGUGGAUGCUCCAUAUCUCCCCUCACCCACCCACCGACCCACCAGUGUCAUUCUGUCGCUUGUUCAUCUGUGACGACUUGGUCAUCCAGUCGUCACACACCACCUUGGCCCGACCGCCGCUGAUGGACGCCUCUGUCAGCGAAUUGUCACGCAGGAAACGAGCAAAACCCUGACACCACGCACCACACGCCACACGCAGCGGGCCACCACUGUGUGAGCACAGCACUCAUUCGCAUCUGCCGUAGCCGCACCGCACCUGCGUGCUGAGAGUCCUGGCCACGACGAUGUGUGUGAUGCUUGGGUUGAGCUCCUUCGAAUCCUCCCGCCCCUCUUCGCCAAUCACCGUGCAGGUGAUCUCCUGUGCCACCUGUCCGCCCUUCUUCCUCACUCGCUCACUCAUCGCCUUGAUCCGCUCCAGGCCCAGGUCGCCCCGCCGCACAAAGUACAGGCAGCAGGAAGAGAAAACCCCCGCAGACGACGAGCAGGACACGGACGACUCAGCCAUUGCGAGUUGCAACUGGAUGAAUAAGAGCUGCCGGAUCUUUGACCUCUUCGGCUGCGAAUGCCGUGUGGCUGCGUUUCUG